AUGGUCGAAUUUUUACUAGUAAUCGAAUUCCUUACCGUUGUAAGAUGCAUCAAAUCGGAAUUUCAACGGGCGAACGAACUCCUUAGUGACGACAACAUUCUACCAAUUUCUUCCAUUACGUUGCAAUUAAUUGAACACAAAGGAAUUGAGGGUUCAUUUUCUACAGAACGAAGUCUUCUUGUCGAUUCGAAAAAAUUAUUUAUCGUGGCUCCUUCAUUACGCCAAACGCAAUCACGUUUGCAAAUUGCGAGGCACAAAAUAAAUAGAAUUAAAAAAUUGUUACGAACAAUCAGGCAGAUUCAUCUGGAAUUAUAUAGAGUAUCGAGAAGCGUUAGUCAUAUGUACGGCAUACCGAUAUCUCUAGAAAUUGCAAUGUUAUCAGGUUUGUAUGUAGGUGAAACUCUCUGGCUGUCUGACACAAAAUUAUUGUCAAAAAUAGACAAUAGUGUGAUAAUAAUGGUUUACUGCAUAAAUUUCAAUCCUGUCAUCAUAAUGAUAAUUACCGAUUUUACUUUUGUGUUUUGGAUCAGAUAUAUAAAGAUCAAAUUUGUUCAAUUGAAUGCUGUACUCCAAAGCAUGCUGAUAACGACUAUCGAUUCUCCACAACAUAAAAGAGUGUUCAGAAUGAAGAAUAAUUGGGAAGAUGAUUCUUCGUUAUCUACUCAUUAUGGGACGUAUAAAGCGUAUGAAAACCUUGCGAAAUUAAAAAGAAUCAAACAAAUCCAUUUGGAAUUGAUGAAAUGUGCCAGUAUUGCAAAUGAGGCUUAUGGAUUACAAAUUUUUAUAUCCAUAUUAACAUCCGUUUUAUUUAUUACUACGGCGUUAUAUAAUGCGUUCGUUACUUUAACAACAAACAAUUAUUACAAUUGUAUGAUACAGUUUUACACGCAUUCUUAUUGGAUAUUUUAUUGUUUCUUCAAAGUUUUUGCAAUAACGAAUAUAUGUCAGACAACGAUUACAGAAAUUCGUGAGUUUAUGUAUCAAUUAAUCCAGAAUCGUUUAAAGUUCACUGCUUGCGGAUUUUAUGAUUUAGAUCAUACUUUAAUAUAUAAUGCGAUCGGUACAAUUAUUACUUAUCUCGUCAUACUUCUUCAAGUUGGAGAUAAACCUAAAGCAUUCUUCAAUAAUGCGAUUCAUAAUUCAACGUCAACGAUAUAA